GAUAAAGAAGCUGUAACACAGCUGAUACAACCAUUUCGACGCCCACUGUCACAGCAGCUACAACCACGCCAUUAUGAAACUACGCGUCUCUUUCUGUACCCUGUUUGGAAUCUAUUUGUCCACGGUCUGUUUGAAAACAGCCACAGGACAGCUACCUUGUGCCACAUCUCUGUCAUGCAACUUUGACGACGACAUGUGCGGCUUUACCUCCAAAAAUGUGACGGGAUCGGGGUUUCUGACGUGGAGAAACGAUCUACAGUUUGGUGGAAUCAAUGGAUCUUCAGGGAGUUUCGUUCACCUGACAACUACCAGUAUGCUGACAAAGGACGGCGAAACGACAGACUUGGUCAGCCCCCCUACUCUGCAACGGGACUGUAAUGCUGUAUUUUGAAUACGUGCUGCGGGCACCAACUUCAGACACUCUGGACAUCUUAGUUGCGACGUUGGAAGGGACAUCUAAAGUCAUCUCCUUGCCUUCGACACGAGGUUGGACAGCCACAAACGUAACCCUGCAAGCAGCAGGUGAUUAUCAGAUAAUCUUUAGGGGCACACGUGACCACUAUGGAUCAAUUGCUGCUGUAGACAACGUGCGUGGAUAUUCGGUUAAACCAACAGCAUCAAAACUAGCUAUGUACAAAUCAGCUACACACAAAUCAACUUCACCUAAACCAACUACAGACACGACAACUACACCCAAACCAACUACAGACACGACAACUACACCUAACCCAACUACAGACACGACAACUACACCUAACCCAACUACAGACACGACAACUACACCUAACCCAACUACAGACACGGCAACUACACCUAACCCAACUACAGACACGGCAACUACACCUGACCCAACUACAGACACGGCAACUAUACCCAAACCAACUAUAGACACGACAACUAUACCCAAACCAACUACAGACACGGCAACUAUACCCAAACCAACUACAGACACGGCAACUAUACCCAAACCAACUACAGACACGGCAACUAUACCCAAACCAACUACAGACACGGCAACUAUACCCAAACCAACUACAGACACGGCAACUAUACCCAAACCAACUACAGACACGACAACUACACCUAACCCAACUACAGACACGGCAACUACACCUAACCCAACUACAGACACGACAACUUCACCUAACCCAACUACAGACACGACAACUACACCUAACCCAACUACAGACACGACAACUACACCUAACCCAACUACAGACACGACAACUACACCUAACUACAGACGACAACUACACCUAACCCAACUACAGACACGACAACUACACCUAACCCAACUACAGACACGACAACUACACCUAACCCAACUACAGACACGACAACUACACCUAACCCAACUACAGACACGACAACUACACCUAACCCAACUACAGACACGACAACUACACCUAACCCAACUACAGACACGACACGGCAACUAUACCCAAAGCAACUACAGACACGGCAACUAUACCCAAAGCAACUACAGACACGGCAACGUCACCCAAACCAACUACAGACACGGCAACGUCACCCAAACCAACUACAGACACGGCAACGUCACCCAAACCAACUACAGACACGGCAACGUCACCCAAACCAACUACAGACACGGCAACGUCACCCAAACCAACUACAGACACGGCAACGUCACCCAAACCAACUACAGACACGGCAACGUCACCCAAACCAACCACACCUACACCAACUACACACGAAUCAACACCCACGCAGGCACCAACUCCUGA